GGAAAGCUUGGACUUGCUUACUUCCGGCGAGGAAGUGUUGUGAACUGUCGGCUUCGGUUUUCUCUCGGUUUGUAAGAAGAAACCCGUCUUCUGAACCUUGAUUGCGGGAGCUUGGUCUUCCAGGAGAGCUCCCGAGACUGCGGCCUUGAGGAAAGGAAAUAGGCUUUGUGUCCAGGCGGUAGUCCUGUCCCUAACCUUGACCGGGCCGGUCUCCGUGUCUACCGGGUCAGGGUCGAUUCCAAGGAAUCCAGGUCCAGAUCUGUACUUACAAACCUGCUUCCCCUCGGGACCAAUGAAGUCUUCCGUUGGUCUGUCAGGCUCCUGUGGCUUGAAAGACAGGACCAAUUUUGACCAGUGUAAUGUUUUUGACCCGUGUUCUGACUUAAGUUUGGCUUAUGGUAGAGAGAAGGAACUACUGCGUCUGGACUAGUUAUAGGUUGUACACUAAUGAAAGCGUCCUUCAGAAGAUCUUAAAGAGCAGAAAACGUUUGAUCAGUGUAACACAGCUAACCUGGAGAGACAUCCCUCUGGAGUUGGAAUGAUAAUGACAGAAUCUGGGGAAGUUACAGACUUUCACCCUCCAGCCCAGACUUCACAAGAGCAAGAAGACCUUAUAAUAGUAAAGGUGGAAGAAGACUGCACCUGGAUGCAGGAGUACAAUCCGCCAGUAUUUGAGACUUUUUACCAGCGCUUCAAGCGUUUCCAGUACCAUGAGGCAUCAGGCCCCAGGGAGGCACUCAGCCAGCUCCGGGUCCUCUGCUGUGAGUGGCUGAGGCCGGAGCUGCACACCAAGGAGCAGAUCCUGGAGCUGCUGGUGCUGGAGCAGUUCCUCACCAUCCUGCCUGAAGAGUUCCAGACCUGGGUGAGAGAACAUCACCCAGAAAACGGAGAAGAGGCUGUGGCUGUGGUAGAAAAUAUACAGAGGGAACUAGACGAACGCCGACAACAGAUUGUGGCAUGUCCUGAAGUCCUUUCUCAGAAGAUGGUGCCACCAGGAGCCGUGCAAGAGUCCUUCAGUCAGCCGCUCCUGUCUCUGGACCCCCAGCCUGAACAAGAGCCACAGAAGCCUGAUCAUCUGGAGGAAAAUGCCCUUCCUGCUCUCCAAGUUUCUCCCCUUCCCCUGAAGGACAGCCAGGAGCUGACAGCCUCACUUCUCUCAGCUGGGUCCCAGAAGUUGGUAAAAAUUGAAGAUGUGGCUGAUAUGGCUGUUUCCUUCAUCCUGGAGGAAUGGGGACAUUUGGACCAGUCCCAGAAGUCCCUCUAUAGGGAUGACAGGAAGGAGAAUUAUGAGAGUAUUACUUCCAUGGAUUAUGAGUCCAGAAAUGACAAUGUGGAACUCAUAGUAAAGCACAUUUCUGAUGAAGCUGAAUCGCACUGGAUGACAUCAGGAGGCACUGAAAGAAAUGUUCCCCAGAGUCAAGAGUUUGGAGAAGUUAGUGACCUUCACAGCAUGGUAGAAAGGUGGCAGGUAAGCCCCACUGUGGGCAAGUCAAGGCAGAACCCUUCCCAGAAAAGAGAUUUUGGUGCCAUCACAGACAUUAACCAUAAGCAAAACACAAAUGCUGAGAGAGGUCAUAAAUGUAAUGAUUGUGGUAAAUUUUUCCUUCAAGCCUCAAACUUCAUUCAACAUCGGCGAAUCCACACUGGGGAAAAACCAUUUAAGUGUGGUGAAUGUGGGAAAAGCUAUAAUCAGCGAGUACACCUUACUCAGCAUCAGCGAGUCCAUACCGGUGAGAAACCCUACAAAUGUCAGGUGUGUGGAAAAGCCUUCCGUGUGAGCUCCCACCUCGUCCAGCACCACAGUGUACACAGCGGAGAGAGACCUUAUGGAUGUACCGAAUGCGGGAAGAACUUCGGUCGGCACUCCCAUCUGAUUGAGCACCUGAAGCGCCACUUUCGAGAAAAAUCCCAAAGAUGCAGCGACAAAAGAAAUAAGAACACAAAAUUGAAUGUUAAGAAGAAAAUUUCAGAAUUUUCAGAAGCGGACAUGGAACUCUCCGGAAGAACCCAAAGAAAUGUUUCUCAAGUUCAAGAAUUUGGAGAAGGCAAGUUGGAAAGAAAGCAGGGAAUUCCCAUGAAAGAGAUACUAGGACAACCCUCUUUAAAGAGGAUAAAUUGCAAUGAAGUCACAUAUGUCCACAAAAAGUCCUCCACAGGAGAGAGACCACAUAAAUGUAAUGUAUGUGGAAAAAGCUUUAUUCAGAGCGCCCAUCUUAUUCAACAUCAGCGAAUACACACCGGGGAGAAACCAUUUAGGUGUGAUGAGUGUGGGAAAAGCUACAAUCAACGUGUGCAUCUAACUCAACAUCAGCGAGUCCACACCGGUGAAAAGCCGUAUACGUGUCAUUUAUGUGGGAAAGCGUUUAGAGUGAGGUCCCAUCUUGUUCAGCAUCAGAGUGUGCACAGUGGGGAGAGACCUUUUAAGUGUAAUGAGUGUGGAAAAGGCUUUGGGAGGCGUUCACACCUUGCUGGGCAUCUGAGACUCCACUCCAGAGAGAAAUCCCAUCAGUGUCAUGAAUGUGGAGAAAUCUUUUUUCAGUAUGUUAGCCUCAUUGAACAUCAGGUGCUCCACAUGGGUCAGAAAAAUGAAAAAAAUGGCAUUUGUGAGGAAGCAUAUAGUUGGAACUUAACAGUGAUUGAAGAUAAGAAGAUUGAGUUACAAGAACAGCCUUACAAGUGUGAUAUAUGUGGCAAAGCCUUUAGUUAUAGUUCUGACCUUAUUCAGCAUUACAGAACUCAUACUGCAGAGAAAACCUAUAAAUGUGAUAUAUGUAGAGAAAAUGUUGACCAGUGUUCCCACAUAAAACAACAUCAAAAAACCUAUUCCAACAUAAAAUCCCAUCAAUGUAAUGAAUGUGGCAGAGGCUUCACUCUGAAGUCACAUCUUAAUCAACAUCAGCGAAUCCAUACUGGUGAGAAACCCUUUCAGUGUAAAGAAUGUGGGAUGAGUUUCAGUUGGAGUUGUAGCCUCUUCAAACAUCUGAGAAGUCAUGAGAGGACAGAUUCCAUAAGUACCUUAAGUGUGUAGAUGUUUCUUUUGUAGCACAGCUCUUACUUAAUUUUAGAGAAGUCUUCCUGAAGCGAAACCCUACUUGUAUAAUGAACGUAAUAACAACUUCAAGCAGUUUUGCCAGCUUAACCCUCAAACCUACAGAUACAUUGAAACUCUUCAGUUAAAACUUAGGAACACUGGAGAACAGUAAAUAGAUAUUCCUGUUGAGAAAAUGCUUCCAUUAGCGUCUUCAUGCUUGAGAAUGUAGACAAGAGAACCCACAGAUAAGGUGGAUGAAGGAAAGCCUUCAGGCACUCAUUUGAAUCUCAGAACAUUGACACUGAGAAAAGCCUCAUGAAUGCAGUAGAUAGAAGCUUUAUUUGUAGUAUCUGCCUUGUUUGACAGCUUAUCUAUUCAGGGAAGAGCACAGGUCAAGGAGAAGAGAACUCUUCAGCAGGAUACCUAUUUUGGUACCUCAGCAAUGAACCUUUCCUAGGAAUGAUUAUUGUAGCCACUAGAAUGCUCUGGUCAUUGUUCCCAUCGUAAGUAUUAAACCUUUUGAAAAGAAAUUGACUUAGGUAUUUUGGCAAAGUUGGGAUUCAGAGGCUGGAUGGUAUGUGUUCCUGCUGUCUUAAUCUACAACUUCUCCAUGAAACACACUCUACUUUUUUGUUUUCUUUUGAUUCUACUAGAAUCAAGGUUAGUUAUUAGAAAAAGGAGUUCCAAUUUGUCAAUUCAGGAGAAACUGUUGGUCAGUCACGUCUUGAGGUGAAGGGAGAGGGACCUUAGUGGAAUAGAGAAGACCAGCCAAACUGUGGACUGUUUAUUUUCUGUUCCCCACAAGAAUGAGGGCAGCUACGUCCAUAGAAGGAAUUGGACCAAGUUGAAUUAAGAAUCGUGGUCCAAGCAGUAUGUGUACCAAUUCCUAGUUGCUCUGGAGAUAGGUCUCCCCCAUAGGAUAAUGGCGUGUAGAAAAAGUUUCAAUUUGAGUUGCAGCUGCAUUUGAAAGUAAACAGUAAUUAGGAGCAGGGAGGACAUGGUCUGGUUAGGCCUGUCUUGUGGGAAAGUCUGGGUACGAGUUGUGGGGGGAAGAAGAUGACAUGGGGAAAAGGGUUAACCUGAGCCUAUUUGCUAGUGAAAGAGAGUACUUGUGGGCGCUGCUGAAGGCCUGCUUCUGCCGACUGCCUAGCAUACAAUAAACAAUAAAUACUUGUUGACCAUGUUGUACACUGGUGUCCUGUUCAGAUCCCUUUGACCGAGCUGGCACACCCUUCCCUCGCUGCUCUGAGCUUUGGCUGCUAAGUGCUUGCAGCUCUUCCCUUCUCCAGAGACUCUGGAGAAUUUACCCUCAGAUGGUGG